CGCUCGCUCGCUCCAAUGGCUUCCCUCCCGACCGCCGCCGCCGCUGGGCGCCUCGCGGCCAGGGCCUUCGCCUUCCCCGCCAAGACCUCCGCAUCCUCCUUCUCAGCCGCGCAUCUCCCCCGCGCCGCAGCCGCCGCCGCGACCUUCUCGGCCAUCGCCCUCGCGCCGGCGGGGGGCCUCCGGACACGGCCGAGGCCAACGGCUGCCAGAGCGGCGCCCGGUAGUGACCAGAGGGAGACGAUACUGCUCCCCGGGUGCGACUACAACCACUGGCUGAUCGUCAUGGAGUUCCCCAAGGACCCCGCGCCCACGCGCGAGCAGAUGAUCGACACCUACCUCAACACCCUCGCCACCGUCCUCGGCAGCAUGGAGGAAGCCAAGAAGAACAUGUAUGCCUUCAGCACAACCACUUACACUGGGUUUCAGUGCACUGUCGACGAAGAAACAUCAGAGAAGUUCAAGGGUUUACCUGGUGUCCUGUGGGUGCUCCCUGAUUCCUACAUUGAUGUCAAAAACAAAGACUAUGGAGGCGAUAAAUACAUAAAUGGUGAGAUCAUUCCAUGCACAUACCCAACUUACCAACCAAAGGAGCGGAGGACUUCAAAGUAUGAAAGCAGACGGUAUGAGAGGCGAAGAGAUGGCCCCCCUGCCAGCAGGAAACCAAAACAGCAGGCCACUCAGCCCAAGUCAGCGUCUUCAUCUUCAUGAGUUUUGCAGGCAUUUACCCACUUUACUGAAACAAAAGAGUGCUCAGGUCUAUCGCUUGGUGCCACCACACCAUGUAUUGUUGACGCUCCUUGCUGCGCAAAUUCAUCUGAAGCCCAAAACAUGAUAUAGUGCUUGAGCAAGCGACCUGCGCAGCUCGAUUUUGGAGUUCUGGAUCAUGUUGAUAUUGUAGUGGACUUGACAUCUGAAUGUAACUGUAGACUGAAAUCAUUGUCCAUCCAAAGUGUUGCACUUCAGGCAUCUGUGAUAUUUUCUGUAAUAUUUAGUCGUA